CAGAGCGCGCUUAGGCUUUGGUUUGGAGAUUUAAGAUCGGGAAUUGAGCGAAACCCUAGAAACCGGUUUAUAGAAAUUUUGGCCUUGUUUGUAAAUGCGGUUUCAUUUUCCUUUGGAAUUCUGCUUUGCAGACAGAGCAAUGGCAGCCCGAGUACUUGUAAUUGGCAGUGGAGGAAGGGAACAUACGCUGGCCUGGAAACUUGCACAGUCUAAUCAUGUGAAACACGUAUUGGUUGCUCCAGGAAAUGCAGGCACUGCCUGCUCUGAAAAGAUUUCAAAUACCGCUGUCUCGAUCAGUGACCACACUGCCCUUGCUCAAUUCUGCAAAGAUGAGAAAAUUGAAUUUGUAGUUGUUGGACCAGAAGCACCUCUGGCUGCUGGGAUUGUUGGGAACCUGAUGUCUGCAGGAGUGCGAUGCUUUGGACCAACAGCAGAAGCGGCUCAGUUAGAGUCCAGCAAAAGGUUUGCCAAAGAUUUUAUGGACAGACAUGGAAUCCCAACUGCACAGUGGAAGGCUUUCACAAAACCUGAAGAGGCCUGCAGCUUCAUUAUGAGUGCAGAUUUCCCUGCUUUGGUUGUGAAGGCCAGUGGCCUUGCGGCUGGAAAAGGGGUGAUUGUUGCAAAGACCAAAGAAGAGGCCUGCAAAGCUGUACAGGAGAUCAUGCAGGAGAAGGCCUUUGGGGUAGCUGGAGAAACAAUUGUCAUUGAAGAACUUCUUGACGGAGAAGAGGUGUCUUGUCUAUGUUUCACUGAUGGUAAGACUGUGGCCCCCAUGCCCCCAGCACAGGACCAUAAGCGAUUACUGGAGGGAGAUGGCGGCCCUAACACAGGGGGAAUGGGAGCAUAUUGUCCGGCACCUCAGGUACUUCCCAAAGACUCUGCUCAAGUCUUGCAGCAAGAGGGUAUUCCAUAUACAGGUAUUCUCUAUGCUGGAAUAAUGCUGACCAAGGAUGGCCCAAAAGUUCUAGAGUUUAAUUGCCGUUUUGGUGAUCCAGAGUGCCAAGUAAUCCUCCCACUUCUUAAAAGUGAUCUUUAUGAAGUGAUUCAGUCCACCUUAGAUGGCCUGCUCUGCACAUCUCUGCCUGUUUGGCUAGAAAACCACACUGCCCUAACUGUUGUCAUGGCAAGUAAAGGUUAUCCUGGAGACUACUCCACGGGUGUAGAGAUAACAGGAUUUCCUGAGGCUCAAGCUCAAGGACUAGAGGUGUUCCACGCAGGCACUGCCCUCAAAAAUGGCAAAGUAGUAACUCAGGGAGGUAGAGUUCUUGCAGUCACAGCCAUCCGGGAAAAUCUCGUAUCAGCCCUCGAGGAAGCCAAGAAAGGACUAGCUGCUAUAAAGUUUGAGGGAGCAAUUUACAGGAAAGACAUCGGCUUUCGUGCCAUAGCUUUCCUCCAGCAUCCCAGGUAAAACUCUUAGCAAGUUUGUUUAGUGCCAUUUCAGAAACUGGCCUAAAUGGCUAUAUAGAACAUUUCAUUAACCCUAUCAUAAGCCAUUCAGUAUUCUUUUCUGCCUAUGGGACUGAUACGAUGUUGGUUUGUAUUUUGUUUGAAUCAAAACUGGUUAUAGCAAUAUUCAAAUAAAAUGGAAAAAAACUUCAUAAUAGCUUAAGUUUGAAAAGUUUAGCAAAAUCACAAUAGUAUUGAUUUUCAUUGAUUUUGUAUUUUUUUAUUUUGUUUUUUUAAUUUUUUGAGACAGGGUCUCACUCUGUCACCCAAGCUGGAGUGCAGUUCUUGUGCCUCAGCCUUCCAAGUAGCCGGGACUGCAGGCCCAGGCCACCACACCUGGCUAAUUUCUUUGUAUUUUUUGUAGAGAUGGGACUUCACCAUGGUGCCCAGGCUAGUCUCAAAUUACUGGGCUCAAGUGAUCCUUCUCCUGUGGCCUCCCAAAUUAUAGGCAUGAGCUACUGCGCUUGGCCUGAUACUGAUUUUUAUUCACAUAGUUAGUGUUGUAUUUGAAACAUAGUUACUGGUUUUAUCAAAGAACCUAAGAUGAAAAUAGCGAUCAUCUAACUUUGUAAUUUGAUUUGGUUAUACUGUAAAAUUUGACAGUCUCAUUUUAUCACUGUGUUCAUAUCUGUUACUAAAAUGUAUUUUUUGACCUCUUACUGAUUCAUUGUUGGUAUGUACAAACUAUUCACUUGUAAAAUCAAUAAACUAUUAGUUGGA